AUUCGGAGACAAAUUUGACUGUUAGCGGCGACGGUACCUGGAAAAAACGUGGCCAUACUUCCCGUUUUGGAGUAGUUACGCUGGCAGGAAAAUACAGCAAGAAAAUUCUUGAUUCAUGCGUAAAAUCUACAUAUUGUCAGAGUUGUGUUUUUUGGAAGAAAAAAAAGAUAGCGAACCUGAAGCUUAUGAGGAAUGGCUAUCAUUACACGAAGAAGAAUGUGAUGUCAAUCAUAAAGGAUCUGCCUCAAAAAUGGAAGUGGAUAGUGUAAAAGACAUGUUUGGUCGUUCCAUUAGUAAAUAUGGUGUAAAAUAUACCCGCUAUAUUGGUGAUGGUGAUAGUGCUACCCACAAAGGACUUAUAGAUUUGAAUCCUUAUGAUAUUCCUGUUGCUAAAUUGGACUUAUCUCGACAUGAAUUGCUUGAUAGAUGUAAAGGUAACAAUACUCAAAACAACAAUGAAAGCUACAACGGUUUACUUUGGCACUUUUCACCCAAGCAUCUUCAUAAUGGCUUCAAAACUAUUGAAUUGUCAAAUAAUUUCGCAACUGCAAUAUUUAAUGACGGUUAUUCGUCAAUUUUGAAGAUGUUCAAUCUAAUGGGAGUGAUAGUUGGACCUGCAGCAAGAGAUUUUGCGGCUCUUAAGGACAACACGAGAAUACGAAUCGCUGAUCAUCGCCAAAGGGCUUCUUCAAAAGAAGGUCGAUCCUCUCGAAGAAAAGCUUCUUCAGCUGAACAAGCCCUUUUCGAAGAAGAGGAAGGUGAAUUAUAUGGCCCUGGAAUAGCAGAUUAGCUAUUUCAUCCACGGAGAAGGCCGGAAUCACUGCAGCAGUGAAGGACCUUUUUUUUUUCGCGCCGUUGGAGAUCGACGAUAACUUAAAAAAUAUUUAAUUUUUUUCUUCAAAAAUUUCA